AUGUUCAGUCUGAAGAUGCUUCCACUUCUGCUCUUACUCCACGUGCAGCUUUCCAAGGCCUUUCCAGUACCUUCACAAUUCCUAGAAGAGCAAAACGCAAAAAUUGUUCAGAAUUACCUAGAAAAGUUCUACCAAUUGCCACGAUACAAACAUCCAUCCGAAAGGAAGAACAGCACUAGUGUGAUUGUAGAGAAGCUUAAAGAAAUGCAGCAGUUCUUUGGCCUGAAUGUGACAGGGAAGCCAGAUGAGGAAACCUUGGAGAUGAUGAAAAAGCCUCGCUGUGGAGUGCCUGAUACUGGCGAUUAUAUGAUAACCCCAGGAAACCCCAGGUGGAAAAAAACUGACCUGACCUACAGGAUUAUUAACUAUACCCCAGGCUUGUCAGGGCCUGCCGUGGAAAGAGCUAUUGAGGACGCCUUUAAACUCUGGAGUGACGUGUCACCCCUGACCUUCACCAAGACCUCAAGGAAAGAAGCAGACAUCCAGAUGGCUUUUUUCCGAGGAGAUCAUGGGGACAAUUCUCCAUUUGAUGGACCCAAUGGAAUCCUUGCUCAUGCCUUUCAGCCAGGCCCAGGUAUUGGAGGAGAUGUUCAUUUUGAUGCAGAAGAAACAUGGACUGAAACCUCUGAAAAUUACAACUUGUUUCUUGUUGCUGCCCAUGAAAUUGGCCAUUCCUUGGGGCUGGCUCACUCCUUUGACCGUGGUGCUUUGAUGUAUCCCAACUACGCUUUCAGUGACCCCAGCACCUACUUACUCCAUCAAGAUGACAUCAAUGGCAUUCAGGCCAUCUAUGGACCUUCAAACAACCCUGUUCAACCUACUGGACCAACCACACCCACAGCCUGUGACCCCAGACUGACGUUUGAUGCCAUCACCACACUCCGUGGAGAAAUACUUUUCUUUAAAGACAAGUACUUCUGGAGAAAGCAUCCUCACCUACCGAUGGUCGAACUCAAUUUCAUUUCUACCUUCUGGCCAUCCCUGCCAAAUGGUAUACAGGCUGCUUAUGAAGAUUCUGACAGGGACCUAAUUUUCGUAUUCAAAGGCAACAAAUACUGGGCUCUGAGUGGCUAUGAUAUUCAGCCAGGUUAUCCCAAGAAUAUAGCAAACUAUGGCUUCCCAAGCAGUGUCCAAGCAAUUGAUGCAGCUGUUUCCUACGGGGGAAAAACAUACUUCUUUGUAAACAACCAAUUCUGGAGUUAUGAUGACCAAAGUCAAUCCAUGGACCCAGGUUAUCCCAAAAGCAUAGAAAGUACCUUUCCAGGAAUAGAAAGUAGAGUUGAUGCAGUUUUCCAGGAGAAUUCCUUCUUCCUUUUCUUCAGUGGAUCAAGAUAUUAUGCGUUUGACCUUAAUGCUCGUAGAGUUACUAGAAUUGCAAGAAGCAAUAUAUGGCUUAACUGUAGAUAA